GAGGCGGGCGCCGGAAGUGACGGGACCCGGUCUUGCCGGGGUCUCGGUUGAGCUGCGGACGCGCCGGCUUGCAGCAUCCCUAGCCGGGCAGGUGGGAGGCCUCGGAGUUGCGGCUCCCGAGGCCGCUGCUCGGCCCCGCCAGCGACAUGGCCAGCUCCGGAGAGGACAUAUCCAAUGAUGAUGAUGACAUGCACCCUGCAGCAGCUGGGAUGGCGGAUGGGGUCCACCUCCUGGGGUUCUCCGAUGAGAUCCUCCUUCACAUCCUGAGCCAUGUCCCCAGCACAGACCUGAUUCUGAACGUCCGGCAGACAUGCCGGAAGCUCGCAGCCCUGUGCCUUGACAAGAGCCUCAUCCACACCGUGCUGCUGCAAAAGGACUAUCAGGCGAGCGAGGAUAAGGUGAGGCAGCUGGUGAAGGAGAUCGGCCGGGAGAUCCAGCAGCUGAGCAUGGCUGGCUGCUACUGGCUGCCCGGUUCCACUGUGGAGCACGUGGCCCGCUGCCGCAGCCUGGUGAAAGUGAACCUCUCGGGCUGCCACCUCACCUCCCUGCGCCUCUCCAAGAUGCUCUCGGCUUUGCAGCAUCUGCGCUCGCUGGCCAUUGACGUUAGCCCCGGCUUCGACGCCAGCCAGCUGAGCAGCGAGUGCAAGGCCACGCUGAGCCGCGUGCGGGAGCUCAAGCAGACACUGUUCACGCCCUCCUACGGUGUGGUGCCCUGCUGCACCAGCCUGGAGAAGCUGCUGCUCUACUUCGAGAUUCUGGACCGCACGCGCGAGGGCGCCAUCCUCUCGGGCCAGCUCAUGGUGGGCCAGAGCAACGUGCCGCACUACCAGAACCUGCGCGUCUUCUACGCGCGCCUGGCUCCCGGCUACAUCAACCAGGAGGUGGUGCGGCUGUACCUGGCUGUGCUCAGCGACCGCACGCCCCAGAACCUCCACGCCUUCCUCAUCUCUGUCCCCGGCAGCUUCGCAGAGAGCGGUGCCACCAAGAACCUCCUGGACUCCAUGGCGCGCAACGUCGCGCUGGACGCUCUGCAGCUGCCCAAGUCCUGGUUGAACGGCUCUUCGCUCCUGCAGCACAUGAAAUUUAACAACCCGUUCUACUUCAGCUUCAGCCGUUGUACCUUGUCGGGAGGCCACCUGAUCCAGCAGGUCAUCAACGGCGGGAAGGACCUGAGGAGCCUGGCCAGCCUGAACCUCAGUGGCUGUGUCCACUGCCUGUCCCCGGACUCCCUGCUGCGCAAGGCGGAGGACGAUAUCGACAGCAGCAUCCUGGAGACACUGGUGGCGUCCUGCUGCAACCUGCGCCACCUGAACCUCUCGGCUGCCCACCACCACAGCUCUGAGGGCCUGGGCCGCCACCUCUGCCAGCUCCUGGCCCGGCUGCGUCACCUGCGCUCCCUCUCCCUACCAGUUUGCUCCGUCGCCGACUCCGCACCGCGCGCGGAUCGCGCGCCCGCUCAGCCCGCCAUGCAUGCCGUGCCGCGCGGCUUCGGCAAGAAAGUGCGCGUGGGCGUGCAGUCCUGUCCCAGCCCCUUCUCGGGCCAGGCGGGCCCCCAGCCCUCAUCAGUGUUCUGGUCUCUGCUGAAGAACCUGCCCUUCCUGGAACACCUCGAGCUGAUCGGGUCCAACUUCUCCUCCGCCAUGCCGCGCAACGAGCCGGCCAUCCGCAACUCGCUCCCGCCCUGCAGCCGCGCGCAGAGCGUCGGGGACUCGGAGGUGGCCGCCAUCGGCCAGCUGGCCUUCCUGCGGCACCUGACGCUCGCACAGCUGCCCAGCGUCCUGACGGGCUCCGGGCUGGUCAGUAUUGGCCUGCAGUGCCAGCAGCUGCGGUCCCUGUCGCUGGCCAACCUGGGCAUGAUGGGGAAGGUGGUGUACAUGCCCGCGCUAUCGGACAUGUUGAAGCACUGCAAGCGGCUGAGGGACCUCAGGCUGGAGCAGCCCUACUUCAGCGCCAAUGCCCAGUUCUUCCAGGCACUGAGCCAGUGCCCCUCGCUGCAGCGCCUGUGCCUGGUCUCCCGCAGUGGCACCUUCCAGCCCGACGCUGUGCUGGCCUUCAUGGCCCGCUGCCUGCACGUCGUCAUGUGCCACCUGUUCACCGGGGAGUCCCUCGCCACCUGCAAGAACCUGCAGCAGUCUCUCCUCCGCAGAUGGAGUCUCACUCUGUUGCCCAGGCUGGAGUGUAGUGGCAAAAUCUCGGCUCACCGCAACCUUCAUCUCUCACCUUCCCAGGUAGCUGGGACUACAGCUUCCAGGCCGAGCGGCCCGCGUUGAACGUUGUCAUCUUCCCUCUGCUCCACGAGGGCCUGACCGACGUCAUCCGGGACGUCCCGCUGGUGCACCUGGAUGAGAUCACCUUAUUUAAGAGUCGAGUGGCCGAGGAACCGCCGAACCUGUGGUGGUGAGAGGCUGAGCCGCUGCCCAUUGGUCUGAGUCACCUCGAGACGCUCCAGGAGCCUGGGACACCAGGGACCCUUGGUUUGUCACAAGAGGAAGGGGGCCUCUUUCUUGGGGCUCCGGGUGUCUCCACGGCUCUCUCAUGGAAACUGUUGCUCUGUGAAGUUUGGGUCGAGGGGAUAUCCUCUGGGUGACGUGAAGGGCUUGGGGGACAGUCAGUGUGGGGCCUGGCUGAACCAGGCUGAGCCUUGGGACCUGGCUGUGGUGUUAGUGCCCUGAGCCUCAAUCCCUGGGGGCCCUGUCCAUGGCUUGGAGGGCUGGAACCCUGUCCCACUGCCCCUUCACUUUGACCGGGAAGCAUGUCCCUUGGCUGUUGUGUUUGUGGUCACCUGCCACCUGUGCCUGGCGGAUGGGCAGCCACAUGCUGUCCCCCUGAAGUCCGGUUGGCCAGGCUGGUCACCUCGUGUCUGAGUAUCCCCUUUCAUGGUCAAGUGUGAUGUGGGGAUGUGGCUGCAGACUUGGGGCUCUCUGUCCGUUUAGGACACACUAGAACCCUCUCAUGUCUCUGUGGCUUUUCUAGCCAAAUGAUGUCUGUGGUCCCAGAGAGGCCCCUGGGGUUGGGACUGCUGGUUGGAGCGUCCCCUGUGGCUUUUCAGCCCCAGGAGCAGGGCCUGUUUCUCAUGAGAGAGGCCUCCUCCCCUUCUCCCCUCCUCCCCUCCUGUGACACUCAGCCUCCCUGGGAAGGUCCACGUGCGCUCCUGGGCAGAUCGGCCUUGUUAGAGUAAUGUGAAACAUGAAAACCCAGAAGGGAUUCCUAAGGCUGGAGUAGCAAUCAUGUUACUCUGUUUGAAAUGACUUUUAAGACUUAAAAAAUAUUUGGCCUGUUUGGGGGUGCUCAUGCCUAUAAAUCCCAGCACUUUGGGAGGCCGAGGCGGGUGAAUCACGAGGUCAGGAGUUCGAGACCGGCUUGGCCAUCAUGGUGAAACCCCAUCUCUACUGAAAAUACAGAAAUGAGCUGGGCAUGCUGGUGGUCACCUGUAAUCCCAGCUACUUGGGAGGCUGAGGGAGAAUUGUUUGAACUCGGGAGACGAAGGUUGCAGUGAGCUGAGAUCGAGCCAUUGUACUCCAGCCUGGGCGACAGGGCAAGACUCUGUCUC